UGUUUAUGAAACCCGGAGAAUUCGGAUUUCAUUAUCAAUAUUCCGUCUGUGAUUCACAGAACGCAGCGACACAGCAUGACUGUAGUGAGCUUCUGACGUCAGCAGGGGAGAAUUAUCGAAUCGUCGGCAGCGCGUCCAAUGAGCGGUGUGCAUGGGCUAUGCUGGAGGAGAGCGGCAAGCGGCAGAGGCGGUGAAACUGCCGAGAGUGUUAAAGCAAUGGGAUAGCGAAGGGAUAGCGUAAGAGAUCCGCACCACGCUCCUCUUUUCAAGGACUACUCCACACAAAAUAUUUUGCAUUUUUAUCCAGCGUUGCAAAAGAGUUAAAAGGACACAAGGAACUGAUAUGAUCCUCUCCCUAGCUGCAGCUAUGAGCAGCGGCGGCAUCCCCCAGAACACUACUUCCUCCUCGACCUUUGACCCCUCGUCCCUGGACCCCUGGCUUGACCCCUACCCUGACUCCUACCCUGACCUCCCCGGGGUUAACGCCUCCUCCUCCGACGUCCCUGGCCGCACCUAUACCUCCGACCUUGACUUACGACCUCUGACCUCACAACAGGAUGUCAGCCCAUGGGAUGUGGCGUUAUGCGUCACGGGUACACUCAUCGCCUGCGAGAACGCUCUGGUCAUCGCCGUCCUCUUCUACACGCCGACCCUCAGAGCCCCAAUGUUCAUCCUGAUCGGCUCGCUGGCAUUCGCCGACCUCCUGGCGGGUCUCGGUCUCAUCCUGAACUUCGUGUUCACCUAUCUUGUCGAGGGAGAGGUCGUGACCUUGGUUGCCACAGGGAUUAUCAUUGCGGCAUUCUCGGCAUCCAUCUUGAAUAUCUUGGCGAUCACCGUGGACAGGUACCUGUCGCUGUACAACGCGCUGACCUACCACACGGAGCGGACUGUCCUCUUCACAUACCUGGUGGUAGGGGUCAUCUGGUUGGUGUGUCUGGUCCUCGGCGUCCUCCCCGCGCUCGGGUGGAACUGCCUAGACGACCAAUCAACGUGCUCAGUCUGUCGACCCGUCACCAAAUCCAACGCUGUCGCCCUCGCUGUCUUCUUCCUACUGGUUUUCGCGUUGAUGAUGCAACUCUACCUACAGAUCUGUCGGAUCGCGUUCCGUCACGCUCAGCAAAUCGCCGUCCAGCAUCAGUUCCUCGCCAUUUCCACAACCAAAGGAGUCCAGACGCUCUCCGUGAUUCUCUGCACCUUCGCCAUGUGUUGGCUGCCGUUUGCUAUGUAUUCUAUCGUGGCGGAUUCAAGCUAUCCUAUCAUAUAUACAUACUCUACGGUGCUGCUGGCGGCGUGUAAUUCAGUCAUAAAUCCUAUUAUAUAUGCGUUCAGGAACCCGGAUAUACAGAAGGGGCUCUGGUUGGCGUGUUGUGGGUGUGUCCCGUCAAAUCUGAGUCUGAGACCUCGAGCCAGGACGUCCAGUGAUGUAUAGGGAAGCAUUGUUCAUGGCUACGACCGCUCCAACCUCUCCCUCCGGCCCUGGACCUUCAGCCAUGUCUAGGGAGGGGGUGUAGCGACGUAUAUAGAAGGGGUGCAGGAUGAUGACGGUAUUGGAGGAGGUGUGGGUGUACGCCCUCCAACCUAGCUCUGUGACCCAGGGCCUCCAGCAAACCUGGACAUCCAGAAGAGACUGUGGCGGUGAGAUCAAGGGACAUGGUAAUGGCCCCCCCUAGGAUCUCCAGUGAGGGGGUAAGCUUUAGGGAGAGGACUGAGUGAAGUCAACGGGGACCUUAAGGCAAGAGGGAGGGUGUGGGGUGGUGACCUGACAAUGUAACUCCCUUCCCAUCCUUCUCCAGGGUCUAGAUCAGAGUUACAGGGGCGGAUGUGGCUCUCAUUCAUCAAAGGAUGAGGGGCCAUGGACUGGACUGAGAAAGUCUGGGAUGGUUUGCCCUGGGCCUAGGCUAUACUGUAACCCAAUGGAUAGAGUUGGUGGUUCAGAACUGUCAUUGUGUGGGGUUCAGGUUAAUAAACGCUUUACAAUGCCACUUCAGUGGGGGAUCAUAGGCCUCUAAAAGGCUACUCGUUCAGAGGGUGAGCACGAGUACUACAGCCUAAGGAGUUGCCUCGAUGGAAGAUGAGCUAACUUACUUAUGAUGAGCUAACUUACUUAUGAUGAGCUAACUUACUUAUGAUGAGCUAACUUACUUAUGAUGAGCUAACUUACUUAUGAUGAGCUAACUUACUUAUGAUGAGCUAACUUGCUCAUGAUGAGCUAACUUGCUCAUGAUGAGCUAACUUACUUAUGAUGAGCUAACUUGCUCACGAUGAGCUAACUUCCUUAUGGUGAGCUAACUUGCUUAUGAUGAGCUAACUUGCUCAUGAUGAGCUAACUUGCUUAUGAUGAGCUAACUUACUGAUGACUUACUAACUUACUUAUGAUGAGCUAACUUGCUUAUCAUGAGCUAACUUGCUUAUGAUGAGCUAACUUGCUUAUGAUGAGCUAACUUUCUUAUGAUGAGCUAACUUGCUUAUGAUGAGCUAACUUGCUUAUGAUGAGCUAACUUGCUUAUGAUGAGCUAACUUGCUUAUGAUGAGCUAACUUGCUUAUGAUGAGCUAACUAGCCAACAAUGGUAAUGUGUGUUAGGUGAGAAUGCUACUGAGGUUUUCAUUCAAAACCUUAGAAACUAUCAUGCCACAACGAUCUUGUUGCCGAUGGUGACUAAAGCCCUUGGUAAAACACAGGCGUAUAACAGACAGACAGACAGACAGACAGACAGACAGGCAGACAGGCAGACAGACAGGCAGACAGACAGGCAGGCAGGCAGGCAGGCAGGCAGGCAGACAGACAGACAAAGCCGAUAUAAAGUCUGAUUCAUUGUUACUCUUGGAGAAGAAAACAUACAUUUUUUUGAAAAGCCCACAAGCCCCAAAAGGUUUCCCUGUUAUUACCAAUGCUAUCAACCCCCCCAAUUUUUUUUUUAGAGCUACUUAGCAAUCGUCUGUAUGUUGCCGGCCUACAGUCAUGAGGAAUAGAAAUGCAAUUACAGUCAAGUCAUCGUUCUAGUAAUUCUAGAAACACACCGGCAGCUAAAACCGAUUCAGCACCACGGACAGCGAAACACAGCGUAAAGACAUUGCCAAUGUGCGUCAAAAGCUAACUUUAGCACCAUGGAUAGCGACCAGCGAGCUGAUGCUUGUAGUCCCUACAUGAUUCUGCUCUAUGGUCAGUUUUUGCACUCUCCCCCUUACUGGUUAAUUUAACCAAUUUGGAAAGUGAAAUCUGAUUCUAGAUCUGUGUCUAAGGUCAAGGUAUAUUCUAUCCGGAGCCAGCUAACCAGACCGUCGUUUUCACACGUCUCACUGGUUGUACGGUUGAAUAAUUCAUUGGAAAACAGGCCUGGUGUAGAGAGAAGGAGAAAACACGUCCCUGUGAGUUUAUCUUUCCAGACAGACAGAGCGAGAGGUGACAAAACGUGUGUCACAGCCGGGGCUUGUGUUCGCAGGGCCUUCGGCGGAGUUUCCAUCACUUUGCGGUGUGGUGGCUUCUAACCAUUCUAGUUCUAACUAAUGGUUCUACAUGACACGGUGGCUUCUAACCAUUCUAGUUCUAACUAAUGGUUCUACAUGACACGGUGGCUUCUAACCAUUCUAGUUCUAACUAAUGGUCCUAAAUGACACGGUGGGUUCUAACCAUUCUAGUUCUAACUAAUGGUUCUAAAUGACGAGGUGGGUUCUAACCAAGUGACAGCAGAGGGAGUCUGUCAUAUCUGGCUAGUAUCCUUUUAGAAUGAUCGUAGGUUGAAAGUAUUGUGUGACAGGCAAUCACAACAAUUAAUUGGUCUACACAUCGGAAUUCGAUAUCGUAUGCUAUCAUUAAAGGGACUUGAAAUAACAUUUCAACUGGCCUUAUUGAUUAUUUACACGUGGGUUUAGAAGUAUUGAUUUAGGCAGACAAGCUGAAUGAUAACGAUUGAUUAACCCACGUCUGAUAACCCACAAUGUAAACAGCAUAUUGACUACCCUUCAUGUCAGGUGAAGUGAACAUGGAUCCAAAUCCAAUAGGGUUCUAUUGAUUAGCUGCCGAUGCAUGGACAAUAGACAACAGCAGCACAGCAGAACGGAAUGCAGGACCAGACUGGGACCAGAAAUCAGCCCUGGCAUUUCUAACAAACCUGUCCAUUUAUUUCUUUGAACAAUAUUAGCCAGAUAAUGAUCAACUUGCGCUUAAAAACCGAAGUUAGACAGUCCCAUUGGCUAAAAAUGGACCAGUCUGCCCCUGACGGAAUGUAAAACACAAAACCGACUCUAUGGGGUUUUAUCUAAAUGAUUCUAUUGGCCUAUAUACCCCUUAUUUCCCCUCUCUCUCAAUGCUGUCUAUGUCUCAACACAAGCUCCAAACCACACGCUCCCUCUCGGCUCUGUAUCUCUGGACGUCUGUAAGAGAGAAGCUGACGUGUCUUCGCCUCAGCCGGAUCAACGAUGCGGUGGGUUAAUGAGGUUUUGCAAGGUGAGCCGAGCAGCGGUGGAAUGAAAUGAGGCACCAGGCGCGGUAGGGUAAUGCGACCCACGGUUUCAUUCUCACACAGAUAGACAGACACACACGCAAACACACACACACAGACACACACAGACAGAGAGAUUAUAAUGAGGUUAGUUUCUCCCUGAAAGGGAAGCUUGUAGUUAACUGAUUUACAAAAGCUCCAAUGACAGAGUUAACUUGUGGUGCAAUGAGAAUACUUUAGGUUAGUUCUUCAUCCUAAUGGAAUGGCUUCCAUUCCUUGCCUCCUUUCCUUCACGACCUCUGAUGGUUGAAAGACACUGACUGGAUAUGUGGUUAGUAAGGAAAAGAGAUGAGGAGAGGACGCAAAAUUAGACUAUUAGGAUGAAGCCCACAAACUAAGCAGAAACCAGAGAUAUACUAGUACUGUCUUAUAAAGAAUCCUAAUCAUUCUUGUUUGCUCUUGAUUCUGCAACCGCAUCCACUGUUUAGUACAAACAUCAACAGCAACACACCAACAAUGGUAAAAUACUACUGUGGACUAUAUGUGCCAUGUGAUGUACCAGUUGUGGUGAUAGUCGGCUGUGUUGGGAAAAAGGGAAAGUCUUAGAGGGCUUGCUUGGUGUUUAAAUGGACAAUUAGUAAAAAAACUAAAAAAACAAAGAACAAACUAUAACAAGCAACUCUCAAAAUGGAGCACAGGACUGGACAUUAACUUACUGGGUGUUCACUUACUGGACGUUAACUUACUGGGCAUGAACUUACUGGAUAAUAACUUACUGGACGUUAACUUACUGGACAUGAACUUACUGGAUAAUAACUUACUGGACAUUAACUUACUGGGUGUUCACUUACUGGACGUUAACAUACUGGACAUUAACUUACUGGAUAAUAACUUACUGGACAUUAACUUACUGGAUAAUAACUUACUGGAUAAUAAGUUACUGGACGUUAACUUACUGGAUAAUAACUUACUGGAUAAUAACUUACUGGACAUUAACUUACUGGACAUUAACUUACUGGACAUUAACUUACUGGACAUUAACUUACUGGAUAAUAACUUACUGGACGUUAACUUACUGGACGUUAACUUACUGGAUAAUAACUUACUGGACAUUAACUUACUGGACAUUAACUUACUGGACAUUAACUUACUGGACAUUAACUUACUGGAUAAUAACUUACUGGACAUUAACUUACUGGAUAAUAACUUACUGGACGUUAACUUACUGGACGUUAACUUACUGGAUAAUAACUUACUGGACAUUAACUUACUGGACAUUAACUUACUGGACAUUAACUUACUGGACAUUAACUUACUGGAUAAUAACUUACUGGACGUUAACUUACUGGAUAAUAACUUACUGGAUAAUAACUUACUGGACAUUAACUUACUGGACGUUAACUUACUGGACGUUAACUUACUGGAUAAUAACUUACUGGACAUUAACUUACUGGACGUUAACUUACUGGAUAAUAACUUACUGGACAAUAACUUACUGGACAAUAACUUGCUGGACAUUAAUUACUGGACGUUAACUUACUGGACAAUAACUUGUUCAUAAUGUUGAUGAUGGAAUUUUUAUACUUUGUAAAAUGGUGUCUUUUCUAUAGUUUUCUAUUCAGUGGGGUGGAUGAGCGAACAGUCACAUGCUUUCCCUGUUAGGCUGAGCCCUGAAUGGCACCCUGUUGCCAAUAUAGUGCACUAAUUGUGAGCUCUAUGGGCCCUGCAAAGUAGUGCACUAGAUAGGGAAUAGGGUUCCAUUGGGUCUGUAGUGUAGUCAGGCAAUGAAUGCAAACCCAAUUCCUCCAAUUCCUUGAAAAUGCAGAUUCUAUAACUCUUCCGUUGGCCUUAUCGUACCCAACUCCUCUGCAAUAACGUGCAAUGUGUUUGUAGUGGAUAAAAUAGCUCCAAUAGUAUUACUUACUACCGUGUACAGGUCAAUCUCAAAAAGCUACAACUGAGAGAAGGGAAACUGGAACUAAUGACUGAUAGAAUCCCUUCAACUCUCACAACAUUCAACAAUAAAAAAUUUACAGAAACACGUUAGCCUAAAUCUACAUAAACCAUCAUUAUGGAUCACCAUGUGACUGAUUAUAGAACUAGAUUCUAGAUAGAUCUAGAUAUGAUGUGUAUCUAUGAUAUAUGACGUAUAUCUAUGAUAACAUCCAGAUAAGUAUUAUCUGCUUGUGUCAGCCUUCAAAGCAGAAGACAACAGGUUUAUAUUGGGUUUAUAUUUGUGAAUACUGAAUACACCCCUGGUCACUCUGAUGGAAACGUUUAACCACGGUGGUGGAAACUCUCUGAUGGAAACGUUUAACCACGGUGGUGGAAACUCUCUGAUGGAAACGUUUAACCACGGUGGUGGAAACUCUCUGAUGGAAACGUUUAACCGCGGUGGUGGAAACUCUCUGAUGGAAACGUUUAACCACGGUGGUGGAAACUCUCUGAUGGAAACGUUUAACCACGGUGGUGGAAACUCUCUGAUGGAAACGUUUAACCGCGGUGGUGGAAACUCUCUGAUGGAAACGUUUAACCACGGUGGUGGAAACUCUCUGAUGGAAACGUUUAACCGCGGUGGUGGAAACUCUCUGAUGGAAACGUUUAACCACGGUGGUGGAAACUCUCUGAUGGAAACGUUUAACCACGGUGGUGGAAACUCUCUGAUGGAAACGUUUAACCGCGGUGGUGGAAACUCUCUGAUGGAAACGUUUAACCACGGUGGUGGAAACUCUCUGAUGGAAACGUUCAACCACGGUGGUGGAAACUCUCUGAUGGAAACGUUCAACCACGGUGGUGGAAACUCUCUGAUGGAAACGUUUAACCACGGUGGUGGAAACUCUGAUGGAAACGUUUAACCGCGGUGGUGGAAACUCUCUGAUGGAAACGUUUAACCACGGUGGUGGAAACUCUCUGAUGGAAACGUUUAACCGCGGUGGUGAAAACUCUCUGAUGGAAACGUUUAACCACGGUGGUGGAAACUCUCUGAUGUGUUCUUAUGUGAGGUGCGUCCUCAAAUGUCAUUGAAUCCCGUUAUGAAUAUAUACUCUGUUAUGCCUAUAG